AUGCCAGAAGAGUUGUCUACAAACGGUUCAAAGGAGCGAUCAGAAAAUGACAACGAAAUUCCAAUAACAGAUAAUUUUCACGAAUCAUUUAACACAGCAGCAUAUCUACAGGACUUCUAUACACGGAUUGACGAUCCAGCAAUGCAAAUGGUGGUAUUGUUUUUGCCGAAUAUUGUUCAACGACUUGACGAAUUUGAGUCCUUAUUAGAUUUUGGUGCAGGACCAACAGUGCAUGUUGCAGCUAUAUUCCGCAACAAAGCUAAAAAUAUUUAUUUGGCUGAUUAUCUUGCACAGAAUCGGCAAGAACUUUAUCACUGGCUUAAUGGUACCAGCAAAUUUGACUGGACAGAAACAUUUAAAAAAAUUGCUUCUGUUGAGGGUCACGAUUGGCAAGAAUUAAAAAGUAUCGAAAGUCUUACUCGGUCUAAGGUUAAAGGCAUUUUUCAUUGUGAUUGUCACCAGGCAGAUAGUGUUAAGGCACCAGAAAAUCUUAAAUGCAACUUUGAUGUAGUCUCAACAGUGUUUUGUAUUGAAUACAGUUCAAGGACGACAGAAGAGUAUCAGAACGCGGUAAAAAACGUUGUGAGCCAUGUGAAACCGGGAGGUCUGUUCGUGAUGGGUGGAGUAUUUGAAGAAACGUGGUGUUCGUUUGGUGGUAAAAAAUUUCCAUGUUUUUAUCUGACUGAAGAAUUGUUGUUUGCAACGUUACGGGACUGUGGACUGUUGAUCGACGAUCCUGAUCAAACGAUCUGUUACAAUAUAAAUGGGAUAUAUUUGAUUUGUUCUCGGAAACGGUCAAAUUUUUAA